AUGUACGGAGAAUAUUGUGAAACUAAUAAAGAUUGUGCUAAUCUACAUCUCCCAAACGUGAUUUGUGACAAAGGCGAAUGUAAAUGCCCUAAAGACACCCAAUUUCUGUUGCCAGAAUUGUCAUGUAAAAACAGCACAGCAGGUAUUGGAAAAACUUGCAGUCAACCGGAUUCCGUCAACACUACAAGUGUCACUGAAGAGUCCACUGAAGAAUCUACUGAAGAAUCAACUGAAGAAUCUACUGCUGUAGAAACACCCACUACCAUUUGUAAUGAAUUCAAUGUAACCAGAUGUCAGAGAUAUCACACUUACGUGGCUAGUGACGAAUGUGUAUCUGUUCAAUAUUUUGUCAGCAUGACUGAUUUUUGA